AUGGCUGAAACACUGCACUCGACCCGCAACCGAAUUUUGAGCGAUUCUGCGGAUCUGGGUCAUAUUCCAUCAAAACAUUACCCCUCAGCAGGCGAACCUGAGCGCUCGAACUUAUCAUCCAGCAUCCAAUAUGAAGGCAAACAUAGUAACGAACAGUACGCAAGAUCUAGUAUCGCAAACAAAAAGCUUCCAGAAGAUGAACAGGAUAUGGACGUCUCAUUCGAUCUAUCAAAGUUUCUGGGGCCUGAGCCUGGUGCAAUGCUUUAUCGCUCGCCUGUCACAAUGAGAUGGGCCUAUCUAGCCUUGUUAAUCUCUAUUUCUCUCACUCUUGCCGUCCUACAAGAGUUCCUAUUCCAACGCUCAUGGAAGAAUGGAGGAUUAAUAGUUUUCAAAUUUGUUCAAAAUGUUUCUGUUAACCAAUAUUUCCUCUGGCGGUAUGCGCCGACGCUCGUUCUUGUCGUAUUCGGGUUGAUGGUGGAAGCGACUGACUAUGAGAUGAAGCGCCUUCAACCUUACUACUGCAUGACAAGGCAAGAAGGGGCGUCGGCCGAUGAAUCAAUGCUUGUAGAACCUUUCAGCCUCUGGACGUACUUGACGAAUCCACGCCUCAUUGGGCUCCGGAUAUUUGUCUCAAGAACAAUGACAUUACUUGCCACGCUUGCUGUUCCGACUCUCCAAAGCGCUUCUCUGAGUCUGAUUCAGGACGAACAGUUCAAACAACAUGUCGUUGUGAAUUAUGUCUGGUCCAGAUUGCUCUCAGCUGCUCUGUGUCUCAUUGCCGUAUUGGUUUUCACAAUACUAUUUCGCAACUCGAGAGACCGUUCUGGACUUCUUGCACCUCCACGUGGCAUUGCUACAACAGGUAAAAUGAUUAACAGAGGCCAGAUGUUAAUGAUUUGCAAGGACUUGGAACUCGCGCAUCCAGAUACCAUCCGCAAAACCUUUCGGCAAAAUAGAUACUACCUCAGACACUCGUCCAUACAUCGUGAGAAGAUUAAAAAUUCCGUGGCAUACGUAGGCCCUCAACAUAGUGGGGAAAAUCCUCACCCAUUCAUGCUCAGAUGGGAACCACUCUCGGUUUUUGUAGCCUAUCUUGUGAUAGUGCUGGUGAUUUUCACAAUUGUGAUCUUCACUCAGGCAAAUAAUGCUCUACAAGUUGUCCCGUGGUUGCUUACUGCCCUUGCUGUUGUCAUCAAACUUGUCUGGUCCAUGAUUGAUGAGCAGGUCCGAUUAGUGGAGCCAUAUUACAUCUUAAGUGCUAGACACGCAAAGGCACAGGUUCUCCUCCUUGAUUACACAGGAACCACAACGAUCGAGAUGCCCUUUAAAGCGCUAUCCGACCGUAGAUUCCUCCUGCUUGGCAUCAGUAUCAACAGCUUACUUGUGGAGGUCCUUACUGUGUGCAUGUCGUCCUUUAAGGUAAAAGGGACAAAUUUCGAGCACCACAACGUCGACGCAAUAAGCAAUCCUCCAACCAGCGAAGAAACCUUCAAUUCUUUCUGGAUUUCGUUCAUUCUGGCUAUUGUAAUAUUGAAUUCUCUGUCUGUAUUCUGCAGUAUCGUCUGGCUGAACAGACGUCGCCGAUUUUUGUCGCAGCUACCUGGGACAUUGGCUACCUCUCUCAUUCUGAUUUAUCAGAAUAAAUUCUUGUUUGAUUUGGUGGGGACGGAGAGAUUGAAUAUGGAAGAGAUGGAACACAGACUCGUCACUAGUGGAAAGAAGUUUGGACUUGGGUGGUUCAGGGGACGUGACGGUGAAUUACAUUUUGGCAUUGAUGAAGAAGAAUUGUCUGCGUCGGCGAAAUCACUAAGCCGUCCAGUGGUCGACUCAGCGUCAUCUGCUGGAUGACUCCACCAACAUGUUUUGUACUGCCCCUUGACAG